AUGAUCUCGCCAAAGCACAACAACAACCCAAUGCUGUGCAAGUACACGUACAAGGCGUGCUAUAACCCGCGCACGACCAAGAAGAACGGCGACCUCCACAUGCUCUGCGACUACCACCGCGACAAGGCCAACGAGGUCCAAAAAACCCACGCCAAGAAGCGCAAGCUGCUCCGGGCCGCGCAAAAGGCCGCGCUGCUGCAGUCGCCGCCGCCGACCACCAAUGUCUUGGACCUCCAGUUUCUCAGUACCCUCUUGGACGACGCAUGGGCACCGCUGAACGUGGCCGCCGACUCGACAGCGCUGACCGAGGACGAGUGUGCAAUCCUCUUUGCCCUCUUUUAG